AUGACUUGCAAAUGCUCAAAUACAAAGUGUGUGGCUACCCCACCAAAGUUUGAGCAAGAUCCAAGCAAUGAAACUGAAGAAACAACAGUAAGUAGACCAGUAUCUGACACUGAUAAGGAUGACCUAAAGAGUGCCCUUGAAGAGUGUAUUGAUAUGAUGAUGGUAGAACUCAAUGUCUUUGCACAAGAUAAUCUAGUUGAAUAUAAACAGCAAAUUGUGAAUGGUCUAUCUCAACAUGCACACAAGAUCUUUACAAUCAAAGAUGUAACAGAUUACUUUCCAGUUUUCUGUGUAUAUCAUGCUAUGAAGAUUUUAGAAGUUUUCAAUUAUAUUUUUGGAGACAUUACAAACCUUGACACAAUGAUAGAUUUGGUUGGGUUAGACUGCAAGAGUGAAACAUCAAUUCCAGUUGUUGAAUCACACAGACCAUACGAGUAUGAACAUUUUUCAGACAGUUUGUGUGAUGCUGAGAGUGACAUGUACUAA